GUCCAGUGUUCUUAUAGAGUCCCAAAUAUCUUGCGUGAGCGUUCCCGAUGCAUGUAUCCGUGUCGAGCUUUAGAAAUUUGCGUACACUAUCUUUGACCACUAAGGUAUCAAGCUCGAAGAUCGUUAGCACAUACCAGUUACGAGCUGCGCAUACACUGUACAGUGAUACUAGCAGAUCGUCUGUCAUUAUUAAAGGAGAUAUUCUUGGUUUCGUACGUCUUACGUACGGCAAAUCAGAAGACGGAUCAUGGAAGUUUGCUGGUCUCGUUCCGACGGUGUACGGGGGUAGGUAUAGUAGCAUUGAGGAAACAACAGGAGCUGUUGCUGCAAGAGUUGAUUCAGGAGAGAUCGUAGACUAAUAAUUCAAAUCUCGUUUCCUAUGUUGACACAUGCUGUCACUCUCAAGUUGUAGGUCAGAUUUUGGUAAGGUCUUAGCGGAACAGCAAACAUGGCGGAGGUAUCGCCUGAGCAACGAUGUGGUAAACACAUAUCCCGCGAAGGAAGAGAGGUAUGCUAUACUUUGCACGCC